AUGGUUGAGUCAACCCUCCUUGAAACGCAACUGCGACAGGCACAAGUACAGGGUGCAGCUUUGAAGUGGGAGCUGGAGUUGGAAAGGAGGGUUAGUCACAAGGCCCGGGCAGAGGUGCUGAAAGCAGUGGCUGGGGAUACAACAGAUUCAGAUUUGAAACUUCGCCUUUUAAGGGCUGAAGAGGAGCUUGCAAAGCAACGAGAGUGCGCGGAGCGGGCCUGUCGGCUGUUGAAGAAAGGCAACGCCUUGGCAACGAAGGAGCGACAUGCCCUCAACCAAGAGAUAUCUGAGCUCAAGGAGGUUGUGGCUCGGCUGACAGAAGACAAGCAACGAUUGACUGAACAGCUGGAGGCUGCCCAGCAGGAGAUUCUCAAAGCCAAGAAAGAUCAAGAGCCAUCACCAAAGGCAGAGUGGCAAGGAGUUGGCAGAGUAUUGCCAUGGGGCGAUGAAGGCAGUGCUGAGGUGGGGCCGCCAGGGUACGAUCUGCAGGAUGAAGGGUACCCUGGCCGUCAGCUGAGCGAUUCAAAGGGAAUCGAGGACCUGGAAGACCUUGGAGAGCAUCUGAGGCAGCUCAUGGAAGCAAUGGGAAUGUUACAGGAACCGGGCAUAAACAUCAGCGCGAUAAAGACGACGUAUUCAAAGCUGCUGGAGUACAUUGAAAUCACAAAGAUGAUGAGCACCAACCCAGGCUCGUUGGAAGAUGGGAAGGCAUUGCGG